AUUACCUAUUUGACCACAUAACCAGAAUCCAAAACAGAAACAACUACCAAGCACUUGAUUGAUGGUAUGAUGUGUAAAUGAAACUCAAAGAAAGCUCAAAGAAAACAACAAGACAAAGUCACAAGUUCACAACUGUUCAAGUCAAAUACAUAACCAACACUUUUGAUGACAUAAAUAAAUAGCAAGCACUGGAAGUUGAAGUUGAAGAUGAAGAAGGAGCAGCAAUUCUGUUAUGACCACAGGAGGACUACAACAUAGUCACUAUAAACGACGUUGUUCUCCACCGCCAUGAGGUUUCUGUCAUGGUUGUGCCCCUGCUUGGAUAAGAGGAGAGGCGCGGCUGAUGAAGAAGAAGGUGAUACCAUUGAUGGAGAUGACUCUUUCAACCUCAUCUUCGGCCUCCACACUCUCCAGCUCGCCACCAAUUUCUUCUCUGAUCUCAACCAGCUUGGCCAUGGAGGGUUUGGUCCAGUUUUCAAGGGAUUGAUGCCAAAUGGUCAAGAAGUGGCUGUUAAGAAGCUGUCAUUGGAUUCUAGACAAGGAGUUAAAGAAUUUACCAAUGAAGUCAAGCUACUACUCAGACUUCAGCACAAGAACUUGGUUAUGUUACUGGGUUGCUGUGUAGAAGGACCUGAAAAGAUGCUUGUCUAUGAGUAUCUCCCAAACAAAAGCCUUGACCACUUUCUAUUUGAUAAAAAGAGGUCAUUGGACUGGGCAACACGAUUCAGAAUUAUAACAGGUGUGGCAAGAGGACUUCUCUACCUGCAUGAAGAGGCUCCGGAAAGAAUAAUUCAUAGAGACAUUAAAGCUAGUAACAUAUUGCUGGAUGAGAAAUUAAGUCCGAAAAUUGCAGACUUUGGCUUGGCUAGGCUGUUUCCUGGGGAGGACACUCAUUUGCAGACAUUUAAGAUUUCUGGUACACACGGCUACAUGGCUCCUGAGUAUGCGAUGCGUGGAUAUCUGUCUGUAAAGGCAGAUGUUUUCAGUUUUGGAAUUCUGGUGUUGGAAAUAGUUAGUGGGAGAAAAAACCAUGACGUGAAGCUUGGUUCAGAAAAGGCAGACCUCUUGAACUAUGCAUGGAUGCUUUUUCAAGCUGGGAAGAUUAUGGAUACAAUUGACCCAACCCUUAUUAAAAAAUACAAUGGUGAUGAGGCAGCAAUGUGCAUUCAGCUGGGUCUGUUGUGCUGUCAAGCGAGUAUAAGCGAGAGACCUGACAUGAACUCUGUUCAUCUCAUGCUUUCAAGUGAUUCCUUCACCUUGCCAAAACCAGGUAAACCAGGAAUUCAAGGUCGUGUAGGACAUUGGACUACAACUACCACUUCUGCAUUUUCCAAUACUAAUGCUAGUACUGCAACCCGGGUCUCAGGAGGUAGUAGCUAUGUAGAGGAUUACUCGAGAAACUCUAUUUCUACUUCUUCUUUUGAUGAAGGCAGAUGACCUACAUUCAUUGUAUAAAAUUGUAACCAGUUCUCUAUUUAUUUAAGGGUAUUCUUUCUGUAAAGUCAUAUUUUGUACUAGUACAUAAAUUGUUUGAUGUACAUGAUAUGUGGAUUGAAGCUUUUUUACAUGAUGUUUGGAACUA